UAUUGACAAAUUGAAAUACGUGUGUCGUUUGUCGCAGGAACGUUAACUCAAUAUAUACCUGGAUUAACACCGAUACAUUAAAAUCCCCGUGAAAGAUCACUCAUCAUAAUUAUGGGACAAUAAAUAUACAAGAUUGCUGAUGGAUUUAUAACUUAUAAAAAAAGGAAUAUGUGAAAUAUUUAAACAAAUAUUCUUGUGGAUUUUAUUAAUUGUGAUUUUCAUUUCGAUAGAUUUUCACAAAUAGUGAUUUCGGAUCAUCAGCUUCACGGAAAUAACGUGCACAUCAGAAUGUGAAUUAUGUGGUGGAUAAACAAUAGGACUGUUACCCAUGCCGCGAACAAAUCUUCUGUUUUGCCUACUUAGCAUGACGAACACUCCUCACAGUGUAAGAAACAGUUAUGGCGCGUCACGUUACUGGAGAUGUACAAUGUUUCUGUUGGGAUUGUUGUUGUUUAUUUUCGUUCCGGACUAUGCAGAAGCGGCGUUUAGCGCGCCAGCCAGUUGCACGAGCACCCCAUGGAUAUAUCAGGGUAGCAAAAUGCAGAACAUUUCGUGCGCUGGUCAGAACCUUGGAAGAGUGCCAAAUGACUCGAAAGAAGGCAGCGAUGUGUUCAAGUUUGAUCUUUCAUACAACCAGAUUACUUCACUAGCAGUAGAGGACUUCCAGCAUUUUAUUAAUUUAGUAAUUUUAGAUUUAUCAUAUAACGAGAUUCCUUCUAUUACUGUUGAUACUUUCUCCAAUUUGACGAACCUCCAGUACCUGAACUUGGCGGCGAACGAUCUUUCUUAUUUACCCUCAGGAACUUUUACGGCAAUCAGUGUAGAGACUUUUAAUGUUUCAAGGAACACAAAUCUGGUAUUUGGCCGCAGGAAGUCCGUUACAUUACAUGUUUUAGAUCUGAGUUAUCUAAAUCUAGGAAGUGUGACAAAGGAACAUUUCCAAAACCUCGUCAACCUUAGAGAAGUUUACUUGUCCAACAACAACUUGACGUCCCUGGACAGACAUUUAUUUAAAGAACUUACCUCUCUAGAGACAAUUGACUUAUCUUGGAAUGAAAUCACUGAAUUAGACAAUAAUCAAGUUUACAGACAAUGCUCUGGUUUGAAAACAUUAGAUCUUAGCAACAACAUCAUCGACAAUGUCCAUCAGGACUUUCUAAAGGAUGCAGAUGCUCUCACCAACCUGUCUGUAACUUUCUUGGACUUGAGCCAUAACCGCAUUUCACACCUGGACGACACCACUUUCGAAGAAGUUCCAGAUUUAGAAAUAUUAUAUCUGAACGACAAUUUGCUGACUUCCUUAGAUAAAGAUCUGUUUAAAGGAUUAACUUCUCUUAAAAUGUUACAUUUAAAUACCAACUUAUUAACUACAUUGCACAAGGAUCUGUUUAAGGAACUGACGUCACUAACUACCUUACACCUUGACAACAAUCUGUUGACUGUCCUACCAACUGACCCAUUUAAAUACAAUACAGCUUUACAAUACUUAUCUCUAAGUGCCAAUCAACUGUCAACAAUCACAAUAGGGGAAUUUGAUGACCAGACUGCUACAUUUACAGUGGAUGUGUCAGGCAAUCCGUUUAUAUGUGAAUGUACAGUUCGGGACUAUUUGUAUGACAUAAAGUAUGCAACGUCUAUGACACUAGAUAAUGAAGACUCUAUUUACUGUACCGACUCCUCCUUAGAUCAACAUGUAUACCUCGAUUAUAACAAUGCAAAUUGCUCGGGAAAUCUUGGUUCAGCUUGUACCAUCACAUAUGAGUGCAAAGUGCGGAACUCACAGUGUUACAAUGCAAAAUGCAUUUGUUCAGACAAUUUCUAUGAUACCAAUGGUAACACAACAGAUGGCGGACUCUGUAAUGCCAAGGUUUCGCUUGAUUAUCUAUGUCCCGGCAUGGAUACAGCCUGCUCUGGUUCCAAUGUUGAAUGUGCCGUGAAGUCCCCUUCAUCAAGUGACACAUAUUGUGUGUGUAAACCAUUGUAUUAUGAUGAUAACCCUCAGUACCUGGAUGGUACCUGCAGGCUUAAGGUGGAAUUGGGCGAGACCUGUAUAAGCAUAAACAACAUGUGCCGACCAGAUUACUCGAUGUGUGGCACAAGUGACACCUGUGAGUGUCAGUCAGAUUACUAUGACAACAACGGCGCAUCAGACAUUGGCGGAGAAUGUCUAGAAAAACUUGCACUGAACUCCAAGUGUAACGAGACAUACCAGUGUGCGCCGAGUAACUCGGAAUGUAGAAACAGUGCAUGUUCUUGUUCCGAUGGUUACUAUGACUUCACCAACAUUGGACAAUGUAAAGAUGCUUCAGAAACAUUUAUCGAUGUGAUUGAAUCUCGACGGAAACGUUCCCUCAAUUUAACAGCAGGGCCAAGCGGUUUCUACUCUUGUUACCCUGACAGUACAUCUUCUGUCAAUGUCGUAUUUGCCAAGGUGAAAAAUGUAAGCACGGAAGACGAGUGUAAAAACUAUUGUUUUGAAGAAGAUGUCAGAUACUACUAUAUGGAAGGGACUAAUACCUGCAUAUGUGGUGAUGUAACUUCCUCCAUAUCAUGUUGUCCUAAAGUGAAUGACUUCUGUUCAGGUAAGACGUACCUUGGACCCACAACAGAAUAUGUUGAAGCAGGAAUCAAUAUCACCCACAUUCCACGUCUCACUGCUGGAUAUGCACACGAGUUUUCCUUAACAACCACGUUAGGAGCAAUUGACCAGAUUAACUUGAGAUUUGGUGACUCCGCUACCAUAGAAACAGUGAAUGCUUCAUAUGCAACUGUACAACAUACAUAUACCCAUUCCGGCCUGUUUUGGUUAACAGCAAGUGCUUGUGCCGCUGCCAAAGGUGUUUGUGAAGAUGCAGCACUUCCUAUACGAGUGGAGGUAGCAGCUGAAAAUCUUACAACCUACAUGACUGGUAUGAGUCUAGCAGAAGUCUCCAGUAAUCUGACAGCCAGCUUUCUCGCAACUUUCUCGCAAGGAUAUGAAUUCGACAUCAUGUGGACAAAAACAUAUAAUGGUGUGGUUACCAAAAGGCAGAAGUGUAAACCAGGCUGGAUAGACCACAGAUACUCAUGUAUCAAACUUGAGUCAACACCCACUAUUUACAGUUCAGCAAAGGCAGCAUGCGCAGCAGAUGGCUCACUUCUAAAAAUAGACUUUAUGGAUGAAUUAUCUGAAAUUGUUACUGCACUUGGUGCAAGUUCAGAAACAGUCUAUGUUGGAGCAGAGAGAGUGGGUGGGGUGUGGAAAUAUCCAGAUGGUUCAAAAACAAUAUUCUCCAAUGAUCACCUGACAGACCCCUCUAGUGGAGAUUGUGUAGCAUUAGUGGGCAGCACUCGACAGUUAACCAGCAUUUCCUGCUCAACAUCAGCGAAAUAUGUCUGCAUGUCUGAUCCUGUAAGUUGUCCGUAUGGUGGUGAUCUUUUGAGUAACAACUACUGUUAUGUACUGGCUAGUACUGAAUCUGUGUCACCUAAAAAUUGGCAAGAUGCCAACAGCUAUUGUUGGAGCCAGUUUGGAGGCUGGUUGACAAAUGUAACCGAUGCAACAAUUCAAGCUAAAGUGACAUCCUUACUCACUACAUCGAGUGUCAGUGAGGCAUGGAUUGGAUUAUCAGACCAGCAGGUAGAAGGUUCGUACCUCUGGGCGGAUUAUUCAUCAUACAACUACUACAAUCCACCAUACCUGCCCACUGUUACAUCUAAUGAUGGUGACUGCUUCGUUGCUACCAGUGCUGACAACUGGAACUCCCAAGACUGCAUGAACAUUAAAGAUUUUGUGUGCCAAUAUUCAGUAAAUAUACAGAGACAAACUGUGCCAAACAAUGUGUUGGGAUCUCCUGAUAUACAUAUUUCUGCCGGUGAAGAUUUACAUCAUGUUGUUCCUACUGGCAGUUUCCCGACUGCAUCAACUUCAUCAACGGAUUUACUGCUCUUCCCAGGUCUAACUUUCUCAAAGUCAGGAAAAAUAUUACAGUGGAAUUUUUGCUCAGUUGAUAUUGUGUCUGGAAACUAUGAUAUUUCCUUCCAAGUUUACCGACCAUCUUGUUCGCAGAUGUGUCCAACAUGUUUACCACUGCUCUCUAGCAGUUUAUCAUGUGCAAGCAAGUGCCGGAUGCCGGACACGGAAUUACUUCUGUUAUCUGAAUGCAGCUCGUGUAAGCUAUGA